AUUCCUUUUGCUUUCAUCUCCUCCUUUUCUGUCUUCUCUCUUACGGUUUUCACUUUUGAUUAAAAAAAAAAUAUUCUUGGUCCCUUUUCCUUAUCUGGGUUACUGGGUAUAAUAAUCAAAUAAUGGGAAUCGUAUAUUCCCCAGUGAUGGGAAGAGAACCUGUGUCCAGUGCUACUGCUACGCUCUGAUUUUUCUUAUUUCUUGUCUCUUUCCCAACCGUUGUCAAUUGGCAAUGCUUGAACCUAGGUCCCUGUCUUGAAGAACCAAGCUCAAGCUGAAGCUCAAAUCCUUGUAAGUUCCAGUAGCAAAGUAGCAGUGGAUACAUGAACUUCUUUUUCAUCACUAUCAAUUCAUCAAUAAAUAUAUCAGCUAAACCAAACUUCUGUGCUUGCUGUUUUGUUUGAGGUAUUCUCUUAUGAUGAGAGAAAACGUCACAAUCUACUAGGCUUAUAAGAAAAAAAUGUUGUCAACAGAACAGGACUUGCAUAAAUUUCCAUAAUACAGUGUUUAUUGUUGCCUAGCCUUAUGAUUUUGACAGAUCAUCAGUGUCAUAAUGUGCAGUCAUUUGAUUCUUAUUGUAUCUUUCUUAAAGACUCAAAAUUUAUAGUCAUAUUCGUUCACACACACACACCUCAUCAGCACCUAUGGAAGCACAAGUCAUUGAAAUCAGUGGAGAUCUUCCUGACUUAGGAAGGAAGAACGGAGGAGUAAGUAGAAAAAUUUGUGGGGAAGCAGCAUGUGGGUUCUCUAAGGAUUCGGAAGAGAGAUCAGCUUCGAUGCGAAAGCUUUUAAUAGCAGUGGUGCUUUGUGUUAUUUUCAUGAGCGUUGAAGUAGUUGGAGGGAUCAAAGCAAAUAGUCUGGCAAUAUUAACUGAUGCAGCACAUUUGGUUUCAGAUGUUGCAGCAUUCGCAAUCUCUUUGUUUUCUUUAUGGGCUGCUGGAUGGGAAUCCAAUCCUCGCCAAUCAUACGGGUUUUUCAGGAUAGAGAUUCUCGGUGCUCUGCUUUCUAUCCAGUUGAUAUGGUUGCUUGCUGGGAUUCUAGUGUAUGAAGCCAUUCAGAGAAUUAUUUCAGGGACUCGUGAGGUCAAUGGCUUCUUAAUGUUCCUCGUUGCUGCAUUUGGUUUAGUUGUUAACAUCAUUAUGGCUUUCUUAUUGGGUCAUGAUCAUAAUCAUCAUCACACAAAACAUACAAAAGAUGAUUCUACACAGCUUCUUGGGGAAUCCAAAAAUGUGAAUGUGCAGGGGGCUUAUCUGCAUGUACUUGGAGAUUCUAUACAGAGUGUGGGGGUAAUGAUUGGUGGAGGAAUCAUAUGGUGGAAGCCGGAGUGGCAAAUAGUUGACUUAAUUUGCACUCUAGUAUUUUCGGUAAUUGUUUUGGGGACAACUAUAAAGAUGCUGAGGAACAUUCUGGAAGUUCUGAUGGAGAGCACGCCGCGUGAAAUAGACGCGGCGGAGGUCCAAAGGGGGCUGCUGGAGAUGGAAGAAGUGUUGGCUGUUCAUGAGUUGCAUAUUUGGGCCAUCACUGUUGGGAAGGUUUUGCUGGCUUGCCAUGUUAUAGUUAGGCCAGAAGUGAAUGCAGACAUGGUGCUGGACAAGGUUAUUGACUAUAUCACAAGAGUUUAUAAUAUUAGUCAUGUCACUAUACAGAUAGAGCGCUAGACAAUAAUUUUUCUAGUAAUCUUUAUAACUAUGAUUGUACUCGUGGGAAACAGAAACAGAGUUCCUCUGUUUUGGAGUUUGUACUUGUCAAAAUUUGUGUUACGGCAGUGUCAUGGGACCACUCUUUGAAAGUUAAUGUAAAAUACAUUUUGA